GUUGGUAUCACGUGCCCGAUCGUUAUCAACUCUCGACACGGUUUUUGGUUUUCAGUCGCAUCAUUCACGUUGCCCGUGAGAGACUCGUGAAGGAAAAUGAGUUGAUCACAGAAUCUCAUGAAGGUUCGGUAUAUUUCUUUCUUACGACGGAUUGAAUAAACUUUAUAAGGAGAAUAUCGCAACGGGAAAGAGAUCAGCUCUUCCGAUUUGAACGCUUGAUUUUACAAAAUUGAGUGGAUAACCGAACUGAACUUGGACCAAAGAUUGCAUUCGUCCCGAUCGUAAUGCCGUUAAGAGGAUUAUCAUUUGGAAUUAUAAACUUGGCGGAGGACUACAGUUUCUUAAGGUUGAUGAAGACUCAAACCAUGCCUCGAUCUUUAGAAUAACGAGGCAUCUACUCUACGGCCACACGAAGGAGCAGCCAUGAUGUUUACAAAGUUCACCCAAUCAAUCAGCGCCCUCACGACCAUGGAAGACUCGGCCACGCGGUCACAUGGUAUCAUACUUCUGAACAACACGAACGACACUAGACGGAGCCAGGAGUCUGUUUUCAUUUUCCCAAUGGCGCAGAGCAUCCUGAUUCUGAUACUCUGCGCAAUAAUGGUCAUCGUGACUGUCGCCGGGAACAGCUUAGUAAUAGUUGCCUUCGCUCUUGACAGAAAUCUUCGCCAGUUUAGUAAUUUCCUAAUUUUAAACCUAGCCAUUACGGAUUUUGUUGUAGGGCUGUUCUGCAUCCCACCGUAUGUGCCUUAUCUUUUGACGGGAAACUGGCCUUUCGGGCGUGGAUUCUGCAUAUUUUGGCUAGUAAGUGACUACGUAACACCUUUGGCCUCAAGUUGGUCAGUUCUUAUGAUCUCAGUAGACAGAUACCUAAGUGUCCGAUUUGCCCUUUCCUACAGGGCCAAACAGACAAACAACCUAGUGACGCUAUUCAUGUUACUUCCAUGGAUCAUUGGGAUACUUGUUUAUGGCCCUGCCAUAGUUUUCUGGGAGCACUGGUCGGGAUCACGUGAGGCACAUCCAGGAGAAUGUUUUGUCGAAUUCCGGUCGCACCUUCCCUAUCUUCUAUUCGGCUCAGCAAUUGAAUUCAUCAUUCCGUUCAUCACAACCACGGUAAUAAAUCUUUUAAUCUACGAAAAUAUCCGUAAAAGGACGCGGCAAAAAGAACUCAUGAAUAUGCAGAUACGGGCCAACGCGGCGCUCUCUAACGGCCGUGAUGCGAACUCUGUUUUAUUACAAAAUGGCGCCUCUGAUAAAGACAGCAAUCGAAGAUUGCACAAGGAUAAAAAGACUGCGAAAGCUAUAGCAAUAAUCAUCGUUGUCUUCGGGAUAUGUUGGGGACCUUUUGAAAUCCUCUCCCUUGUUUCGUCCCUUUGUAAAGACUGUAUCCACCCUGUGAUAUUUGAGAUUUCCUUCUGGUUAUUGUGGAUUAACUCGACAAUGAAUCCAUUGCUUUACCCUUUCACACAUAAACAAUUCCGGAUGGCCUUCUAUAAAUUGUUGUGUAAAACUUUCAAUAAACUGCGCCGUAUUGAGCCUGUGCAUUCGACCAGCAUGACUGAUGAACCAUCACGCCUGUCGAGAAUAACGUAUAGUUAAACAGGUUUUUGACGGAUAGAUCAGAGCAAUCAAAUCUCUCGAUAUUGACUGCAUGUUAUUACAAAUGUAUACGUGUACCGUUCGCCAGGCUGGACUGUCAAUUAUUUAUGUAUGUAUAUAUUUCUAACGAUCUAAACCGAAGCUGAUGUCUGUGUUUUGAAAGAGAAAAAUUAGGAGGGAGACAGGGUCGAUAUAAGUGUGAUACGAUACAAUGUGUUAUUCUUUCGCAGCGCACCAUUCCUCAGAAUCAUGGCAUGUAUUGUUUUCAAGUUCUUACAAUUGCGUCAGUUCACUCUUAGAAUUGAGCUGAGGGUUUUUGGCCAACACAAAUAUGCACCUCUUAUUAGAGGUUUUUCGGUAAAAAGAAAAAAAAUCCUAAUGGUUUCUAAAAUUCUGAAAGAUUCUGAGGAUCUCCAGGGUUUUUUCUCUUGCUGAAAAAUGUGUUGUAAGGGAUGCAUAUUUGUGUUGGCUGAAUGAUCAAUCAAGAUGAUUGACUUCAAUAAGAAAGUAGGCACGUUCUUUGUAAAACGUAUCAGCCUACAUCAUGUAUGUUGUUUUCGGACGAUUUUCACAUCUCCAGUACUCAAUCGCUGCACUAUUUUGCUUGUGAAUACAAGAAUCUUUCAAUUUGAAUUUUAUCAAAGGAUUCUGUUUAUACUUAAUGCUUUGAAAUUAACCUUUCUCUGGCAGACCUGAAGAAGACUCCGUAAGAGUGUCGAAAGCUUGCCACAACAAAUUGUUGUUAAUUUACCAAAAAAAAAGAUUUUUAUUAUUUGUAAAUGCACAUACGUGUUCUUUCUUUCUGACGGAGUGCAACAUCAACAGUAACAGUAUAUCAUCCCCAGACGAGCAUGGACAAAACAAGGGCAAGCGGCCAGCCGUGGGUGGCCUCAUUUCGACCGAUAUACCUAUGUAUCAAACCUAGCUG